AUGGCAACAUGAGCAAAUUUAGGACUUCAAGAUAGUUCAUCUCCUUUAAUAGAACAAUUAAACUUUUUUCAUGAUCAUACUCUUUUAAUUUUAAUUAUAAUUACUGUAUUAAUUGCUUAUAUUAUAUUUAUAUUAUUUUUUAAUAAAUUUACUAAUCGAUAUUUACUACAUGGACAAACAAUUGAAAUUAUCUGAACAAUUUUACCCGCAGUAAUUUUAAUAUUUAUUGCUUUCCCUUCAUUACGUUUAUUAUAUUUAAUAGAUGAAAUUAAUUCACCUUUAAUUACUUUAAAAGCUAUUGGUCAUCAAUGAUACUGAAGUUAUGAAUAUUCUAAUUUUUUAAACUUAGAAUUUGAUUCAUAUAUAAUUCCUACAAAUGAAUUAGAUAUUAAUGGAUUUCGAUUACUAGAUGUUGAUAACCGAAUUAUUUUACCUAUAAAUAAUCAAAUUCGAAUUUUAGUAACUGCAACUGACGUACUACAUUCAUGAACUAUUCCUUCCUUAGGUGUAAAAAUUGAUGCAACACCUGGACGAUUAAAUCAAACAAAUUUCUUAAUUAAUCAACCAGGAUUAUUUUUCGGUCAAUGUUCAGAAAUUUGUGGAGCAAAUCAUAGUUUUAUACCAAUUGUAAUUGAAAGAAUUCCUAUAAAUUAUUUUAUUAAAUGAAUUUCUUCUCAAAUAAAUU